AUGAGUACGAAGGAUCCAGAGUCAACUGAGGAACAGGACUCGAGGCACUAUUACCAAAACAGGCUUGAAACAGUUCAGCAAUGGAGGCAAAAUAAGACUGCCUACCCUCAUAAAUUUGAGGUGAACAUAUCAAUAAAGGAGUUCAUUAAAAAGUACGAACACCUCGAGCCAGGGGAACACCUGGGCGACGAUAAAGUAUUGAUUGCUGGAAGAGUGUCGAGGCUCGCAUCGAGCUCAUCUAAGCUGCGCUUCCUCGACAUAAAGUCGGAUGGAAUGAAGCUGCAAGUGUUUGCAAAUUUCGCAAACCAUGAUCAGUCUACGGGGGAUUUUAAUGAGACCUACAAUAACAUUAAGAGAGGCGAUAUCAUAGGGAUCACGGGAUUCCCAGGUAAAUCGAAGAGGGGAGAGCUGAGUGUAUUUCCGACGAGCGCAAAGAUCCUGUCGCCCUGCCUUCACAUGCUUCCAGAUAAAUUUGGUCUGAAGGACAACGAAGUUAGAUUCAGACAGAGGUACCUGGACAUCAUGAUGAACGACGAUAGCAUGAACGUGUUGAAGACGAGAUCGAGGAUUAUUGAUUACUUGAGGAGAUACUUUAAAAGUAAGGACUUUUUCGAAGUGGAGACGCCGAUGCUGAAGACGACGUCGACGGGAGCUUCAGCGAAGCCAUUUGUGACUCACCACAACGAGCUCGACAUGAGCCUGUUCAUGAGAAUAGCGCCGGAACUGCCACUAAAGCUGAUAAUCAUAGGAGGAUUUGAAAAGGUCUUUGAAAUAGGAAAGUGUUUCAGAAACGAAGGAAUUGAUCCCACACACAACCCAGAGUUCACAAGCUUAGAGUUCUACUGGGCGUACGCAGACUACAAUGACCUUAUUAAAACGACGGAAGACCUGUUGAGCUCGCUCGUCUUUGAUCUGUUUGGCAAGUAUGAGGUGACGUAUCACCCAGAUGGACCGGAGGGGAAGGAAGUGGUGAUAGACUUUACUCCACCUUUUGAAAGAGUCUCCAUGAUAGAGGAACUCGAAAACAACAUGAAGACGAAGCUAAGUCCGCCGUACGACUCAGAAGAAAACGUCGCAAAGUACCUCAAGGCAAUAAAGGAGGAGGGGCUGGACAUGCCGAAGCCAGCAGUGCCGGCGAAGCUGAUUGACCAGUUGGUUGGACACUUCAUCGAAGAUAGAAUCGUGAAGCCGACAUUCAUAGUGGACUUCCCGCAGUGCACGUCGCCGCUAGCAAAAUGGCACAGAAGCAAGGAAAACCUGGUGGAAAGAUUUGAGCUAUUUAUAUGCGGAAAGGAGCUGAUUAACGCGUACACGGAAUUGAACGAUCCAAUCACGCAAAGAGACUGCUUCAAGCAGCAGCAGAAGGCAAAGGAUUUGGGAGACGACGAGGCCCAGCCGCCGGACGAGGCGUUCUGCACAGCGCUGGAGUACGGACUCCCGCCGACGGGAGGCUGGGGAAUGGGCAUAGACAGACUGACGAUGUUCCUCACAGACAAAAACAACAUUAAGGUGAGCAGCGCUUAA